GUUAAUUAAAAGGAAUAUUUUCUUAGACGCAAAAUGUAUGCUCCAGCAACAUGGAGUCUCACUGUUUUCUUGGCGUUUGUAAGAACUGCUACAGCUAUGAAUGAUACGGAACUAAAUACGUUAGCGAAUGAAUUCAGCGAUGCGACAUAUUACAGGCUUGAAAGCGAAAAUGAAGCCGAAGAUUACAAGCUUUACAAUCUGGAGGAAAUGGAGACUGUAUUCCGGAACAUGAGUGAAGCAUCGAGCCGCAAGUAUUAUCGGCAUAUAUACAGCUCUACUAUGCUCCACCAGACCUGCUUCUUUCUGCAUAUGACAUUCCGAGCUGCAUUGGUAGACUUCAGAAAAUAUUAUCAAAGGAGGUAUUUAUACGCAAACAAUAAGGAAUACGAAAUUGGCUAUUUAACACAUGAAAUUAUAUCUAGAUACCAGACAGUGUUGGAGAUAUUACAUUACGCCAUUGUUAAAUUCGAUGAGAAUCCAAGUAAAUUUAGAAACAACGCGCCGCCUACCCUCAUGUUCUACUAUUAUACAAAUGUUCUAGAACAAUGUAAAGUUAUAAUACAUCUGUGUAGAAUGAUGCACGAACUAGAAAAGAAGUAUACCUCUAACCAGAAUCCUGUUUUCGAUGAUUACGCAUUACCAGAGAAUAAAAAAGGUAAGCGUAAUUCCAGCAGUAUGAACCAACAAGCAAUAGACGACUAUCUGAAGAAACGAGCAGCGGAACGAUUGAAAAGGAGAAAAAAAUACAAAAAGCUCAGGAAAAACCCCAUGUACUUUUACGCAACGACACAAAAAUAUAAACGGCCAACUAAGAGUUACUGGCCGCAACACUACGGAUGGUCAAUCGAAUAUUGGUGAAAAUAAACACUUUUGUCUAUGCAUUCGUGUGCUUAAUUUUAUUUUAUUUAUUUAUUUCUUUUAUACUUUAUUGUACUAAGUAAAAAAUAACAAAUACAGUAAAUAUUAAUGAGAAGUGAUACAAAAGGCGGCUUUAUCGUUAAGCAAUCUCUUCCAGACAACCUUUGGGUAGAGGACAUUGAGAAAAUGACAAAGUGGAGGUGGCGCACUAUUAUAUAGAUAGUAAUAUAUAUAAAGAGAGG